CUGAAUAAUCCCGAUAAAGUCCGAUAAUCAAAGCGCGCAUAGUCCGGCCACUUAGCUCCAAGGAAAUAUGGAGCGAGAGACUUUUCAGAGAAAGAAACAUCAUUUCUCGAUCGUUCUCCUCUUCUUGCUGUUUUCWGUCAGYAACGUGAAAGSCUGGUCGCAYUUCCACUAUUUGCCUGACAUUAAUCCGAUAAACUCGGAUCAGCCUACGCUUGGUGAUACAAAUGAAAAAACUAUCGGAAAAUAUCUAGACGUAGCAGUUUUAGGCGAUCAUAUAAGACAGAAAUGGGCAGCUCUCACACCAAAUAUUUACACUCAAAGCGGUAACARUUACCCCAAAAAGGUGGAAUUCAAAGCAAGUUCUGGCAUAACUCUCAAUGAGGUAUUCCAUUAUCUCCAAUACUUUCCACUCCUUGAAACAGGSGAGGUSGAGUAUAMAAUUCCAGUCGAYGGACAAGAGGUUAMGCUAAAAUUGAAACCUGAUGGAAACGGAAGGUUUACAGCAAAUUAUCUCUACCAAGAUCAAAAUGGCCAGAGUUUGGAAACCGACCUUUCAGAAGUGAAAUCCAACAUCCUCGGACUCGCAGAURAUAGGUUGAGUCCUGAGCUAARGAAAGCUCUUGARACUUCAUUGCCUGAAAUAUUUGAAUCAACGCUUGACAAGAAAAACAUCUUYGAAAGCACUUUGGCAUCUGAAGUAGACAAAACUACAACAAGCACUGGACAGACACCCACUAUCUCUGAUAAWAUCAAAACAACAGCGCUUAGGAAAGCAAUGGAGGUGUUGUUUUCUUCCUCUGUUUUGCGAAAGAAAUCACAGAGCUGGAUCGGGGAAAUAACCACCAAAAUGAAGGAAAGUAGUCGUGAGCUCAAAAAAARGAAUGAAGUUCAAAAGAAGUGGGACGAGUGGAAAGGGAAAAACUACUUUACAGAAUCAACAGCCGGUGGAUUGAAACGUGUAGAAUUCGACCAGUCCGCGAAAGUUCGAUUAAAGGAGGUAUUCCAUAUUUUGAAAUAUUUUCCACUUGUUGAAACUGGACCGGUUAAGUAUUAUUUUGAAGUCGAUGGUAAAGGAAAGUACAAACUACGGCUAAAACCAGACGGUACGGGGGGUUUUACUGCGAAGAUGUUUUAYCCUGAUCCAAACGACCAGCGACCCCCCGCACAAAGAAAUUAUUUGAGUACUGACCUCUCUCAAAUACAGCCUAUUGUUCAAGCACUUGACACGGAUACAAUAGUGAACGACCAAUUGAGACAGUCCCUUUUUGAAUCAUUUCCUAGGAUUUUUGAGAGAAAAAUGUCUUUGAAAAACAGACUCGAUACAUGUUUGGAAUUCUAUACUCAACAAGAACAUGACAAUGCGGUGAUUAGAGCAAAWAAGMRAGGAUUACCGGCACCUGUGCUAGUGCGGUUGCCAGACGAUUUGAGAGACAAAGCAUUUCGAGAAACRUUGGAGGUUCUUACAUCCAGCUACCUUUCCGGACAAGAUCUUGUUAGAGCAAACACGCCGCAGUGGAUCAAGCGUUUAGAUAACAAGUUCGAGACAAUGACAGAUAAGCUUGAUCAACAGCUUAAUGMUAGAGUGGACAAUCCAGAUGURACGAUACUUUCAACAGAYGUGAAAAAGAAAUGGAAAAAAUUAAGAAAAAACAAGUUGUUCACUGAGAGUGGUGAUUCARCUCUGAAGAAAAUCAAGUUCGCCAAAACUGCCGACUUGACAUUAAUGGAAGUAUUCUCYUACUUGGAGCACUUUCCAAUACUUGAAAAGGGAACGGUGSUGUACGAAAUACCUACUGAUGGAAGAACGAUAACACUCAAAUUAGAACCUUCGACGGGGAGUGGUAAAUUCAAGGCAAAGUAUCUAUAUCCUGAUCCWUCAGAUCCCACGGGAAAUACAAUGCUAGAGACUGACCUCUCGAAUGUCAUAGGAAGUGUUCAAGAGCUAAUCGGYGARAAUGYACRAACUAAAAAAGAAAUACACAAAUCUCUUAGAUCAACCUUACUYGACAUUUUUCAGCAGGGUCUUGAUCAAAMAGGAGUUUUUGAUAGYAUGKUAAAUUCUAAAAUCGCAGAAACAACAAGAAAAAAGGGUACGGCUCYUCAAAUAUCGGAUGAUGUAAAAAACAAGGCAUUCAGACAGUCAAUGGAAGCUGUGGCAUCUGCAUUGAUAUUGGGAAAUAACCCAAAUACCUGGAUCGAAGAAGCAAACGAAAAGAUAGAACAACAGAGAAACGAUUAUGAGCAAACAUUGUCAAAGGAAAUUGAGAGACUUGAGAGAACCAAACUUAAAUAUGAGCUUACAGAAAGUAUCAGMAGAACAACUGAAGAGGCUCWUCAAACAUGGGAAGAAAUGAAAAGYAAGGGACACAUAAMGGAAACUUUCAGAUCAAACCAAUUGAGAGAAAUCCUCAUAAAGGACACUGCUCCUUUGACUUUGUUCGARACGUUUGGAUUACUUCAGCAUUAUAACCAGUUGUACCCCUUAGAAGGGAAACAAAAAGUAGAAUURAGGAUUCCUAUUGGCGGRSAGGAAAGAUUGAUUUACAUUUCUAAGGCACCCMAAGGAAWAGCUCAAAUCUUUCUUGAAUCCAAGGAUCKUCACUGGCCUGGAACCACACCACAGGCGARCACAMSAGRYACAUUCACUUCCAUCAAUUACAAUCAYAUGGUUGAAGGUGUACUUAGUCAGUUUCACGAUCCAAGUUUGCUUGCCGGUACCAUGCUAAAGGCGAUACAUAAUAAGCUUGAUGACCAACCAGAUUUUAGUACAGAACUGCAAAUACCAAAUGACCAAACMGGUACUYUAGACACAAUACGAAUUACUGUKGAGUUUUUACUCACAACUAUGGUYGCGGAGGCAGCUGCUUUACCUGAAUCCGCGAAAAGUCAGUUUCAGGAACAACUUGCAACAGUCAUCGAAACCCAGGGWAGGUUUCCUGAUGCUACAGAGAUSCCAAACCUUGAGCAUCUUGGACCACGRCUAUUUGGUGACGACCAUCAUGCCGUCAAGGCRGGUCGGAGUCCUACAGCAGAAAAAGUGAUGUUAGAYUUGCUAUGGGAGAUAUACAACAGUAAUGGUGGGUUGAACUUUGAUCAAGUAAUCACAAACCUUCGUUAUCCUCACAGACAAAGAGAUGGAGGAACAAGAGAAGGAAGAAKAUUUACUAAUSAACAGGGAGACGCUGAAAUCCCCAAGAUUGUUCUUGGAAAACGGGCCGCUAGUGAUCACGACGGAGAAACCAUUGCCAAAAGAGUUCGCAAAUUCUGCACAGGAUCGGGUCAAAGAAAGAAGAGAAGUGCAUGUUCUUUAGAAGAUAUAGAUAGCAAAAUGAUAGUCGAUGACAAAUCAAUUAAAGUUGAGGACAAAAAGGUYGUUCUUGACAUCGUUGAUCGUCGUGACGCAAACAAGCGAAAAACUGUGGAAAUWGAGAUCACYCCAGAUGAACUUGCAACACCAAAGUUAGUUGAAGAAAGAGUYGAAAAUUCAAAAAGAGCCGAUGUUAGCCCACGRUUUGCAAAGAUCAACAGAGGUCUAGCAGUUCAUGGAUUGAUUUUCUCAGCUAUUGGAGCAAUUGAUUACUUCAAAAGAGGUGAUGACGUUCGAGGAGGCAUUGCUGUAUCCCAAAGUCUCCACACCCUUGGUGGACUUACUGGUCUAAACGAGAUUGCAUCUAAAGCUACAAAACAGGUAUUACGUCAUGCAGCAUUUAAGAUCGCUAAAGGUUUAAAUAUGGAAAAGGGUCUAGAAACAUUUUCCGCUAAAGUCGAGAAAUACAUGGAAAARGGAGUAGGAAAACUCAUGGGCGAUCUACCAGGCGUUGGACUGGCCUUUGAUAUAUACUUCAUUGAACAAGACGUUGAAGCAUUAGCACAUCUUGAUCUCAAUAAUCCUGAAGAUGUCAAGAUGCUGCCAUUACGUGUUGUUGACCUUGUUCUAGAUGUGGAUACAACUGURCUGAAUCUGAUAGGAACAUUCUGCCCAGAAGCAGAAGUGAUAACAGAGCCRUUGAUCAUAGUCCUAUCCAUCGUUCGCAUGGCUAUUGAUGAUUUUUACAUAGACAUMAUGGAAGAAAUGGACAARGURAAUUGGAACAGUCCUUGGGCAGGAUUUGAAUUCAUUGGAGCUUUAUUUAAAGGAAUAAUCGAGGGCGCUGCUGAUUUCUURAGUGGUGGUUUGAGAAGGCAAAUGGAAACCUAUUCUAAGCAGGAAAAAGCUGACAAAAAGUUGCUUACAUCYUUGAAAGAUGCAACGAGCUAUUUCAAGAUCAAAGGAAACGUCAAUGGAAAAGAAACCAUCGACUUCACUCAGGGCAAACUUUCCAGUUUUGGCGGAUUUAUCAAUUUUAGGAUGCUUGAUGGMAAAUGGAAGGGAUACGUGCAUCUGGAAGUUGGUGAUGUCACUGGAAARCACGAAACRGUAAAGGCAGAAAGRUUYUAUGUGGGUGAGAAUGUCACUGAUAUUGUUCUUGGGAUYGGCGAAUCRCGMGAAUUUUUGUAUAAAAAGAAGACGGCGAAGCUGUGGAUGUUUAUCCCAGUUAAGCAUUACAAGGUUAUUGACAAGGCAAACCUCAAAUCUUCUUCCCUMAAUGGUAUUUACUAUGGGAAUAGCGAAGACAAUAAGUUUUAUGCUGUACAAAACCAAAAGAAGAAACAGAAAAACGAYCAACMUYCSAACGAUUAUGGYAAGAUCAAUAUCAAAUUUGUUACUGGUCACUAUCACUACAACUUGUAYGGUAAGGGCGGAAAUGACUUAUUCUACCUUGGMCCACAGACGUCACAUGUCACUGGGGGGCAAGGAAGUGAUGUUUACAUCGUUCAGUCGUAUGGUGGUAAUACAAUCAUAGACAACUUCUCAGAGGACAACAAACGAGACAUCGUAAUCAUUAAUGUGCCGUAUAAAGAUAUAACYUGCACUAAAAACAAYRUCGAUCUGGAYAUUCUGUACAAAAACACCCAUCAUAUUCGAAUAACCAACUGGUUUGUGSCAGGAAGCCCUAAYUACUAYAGGCACAUUUCGUUYAAGAGUAUUGACGGGAUUGUUUUUGUAGCUAAAGAUSUUGGUUCUASCGUGAAAUGUAAAGCCAUAGCAAUAUCAAAAGGAUCUCAAAAAGCUGGUGAAAMUAUUCGUAUCRACAMAAAAGAGUUUUCAGAGGUCAGGCAAGUCGUUGGAACAAAUUUUACUGAUGCUAUUCAUGGAAAUGACUUAAACAAUAUAUUAGACGGWGGAAARGGCAAGGAUUWUUUGAGUGGCGGUCGAAGUGAGGACACGUAUAUCAUUMGAGAACAUGAAGGAUGUGAUACUAUCAAUAAUGAUGCRGACGACUACAAGAACACCACAGAUGURCUCAUUUUUGAAGUUCCAUAUGAGCACAUUGCGAUAGAAACCUCAAAUAAUGAUCUUCUUGUGAAUGACAAGAGAACAAAAGCAACGCAAGGAUCGUGUUUUCUYGUUCAAAACUGGCURGUUCAUGAGAGGUAUCGACACAUGAUAUUUACCUCAUCGGAUCAUGUCGUGUUCAAAAUCCAAAAAGAUAAUAAUAAUGAACAGAAGAAGUUUCCCAUGGUGUUAGAUUAUUCCUCGUCAACCAAGGGUGUUAAAGUUGACCUGACAGACAAACCAUACAAAGGCUUUAUCAAUAACAAAGGGUUUGAUCAAGUUGCAACAGUUUCAGAUUCAAAGUAUGAUGAUGCRAUAAGAGGGAACAAGCAAUCAAAUUUUCUCAGUUGUACAGGUGGKUCAGAUGUUCUCUAUGGCGGCGGAGGAAGUGACAACUAUGURGUAAAAAAAUCGUGCAAACUGGCAACGAUAUAUAACUUCGAUCCAAAAGAAAAAGUUGAUCUUCUACUUCUKGACUACAACUUCCCUGAACUAAGUGUCAGUAGGCAAGGCUUUGACCUGAUAAUAAAAUACGAURUUGUUCGUACGAAAGUGGUUUUGGGYUACUGGUAUCAUACCUCUAAUUGGAGACACCUUUGGGUACGAACUAAGGAUGGUGUUACUUUGAACAUCAAUGGUCAAGAUGAAAAACUAGAGCCCGUAGAAAUCUCUAAAGACCCAGUGGAAUGUCAAUGCAAAGCAACUGAUUGCAAAAGAACUUUGAUAAGAUAUGAUUUGAACAAAGAUCCUUGGAAAAAAGUUACUCGUUUUCAACUUAAUUCAAGCUAUUGCAGCUAUCACAUCAAGGGYAAUCAYCUCAACAACUAUAUCGAUCCAGGCUCAGGAAACGGGUAUAAUUUUCARCAUCUCAAAGGCAGACGUGGAGCGGAUACGUACGUYUUGAAGCACGGCUACGGUCAGUUUAAYAUUAUAAACAACUUUKCCAAAGAUAAUAAAACRGAUGUAUUAAAACUUGGAUUGGAGCUCAACGACAUCGCCUUCUCCUUCUACGGAGAGUACGAUGUUGUUUUAGCCUCAAAAUCAAGGCCGAGUUCUUUAGCAGUCAGAAUCRAAGAUUAYUUCAAGAGCCAUGAUUAUCAACACCUYCAARUCAUAACAAGCGACAAAGUCAUUUUCGAAAUCCAAAACAAGCAGCCUUUYAUGAAGAUCAUCUCGUUGGAUCUAACUSUUUCAGAUUCUCCUCAAACAAUUCGUAAWUCAAGAGCRCAAACYGUAUUGGGUGCUCAAAACUAUAAAAAUGUCAUAACAGGGACGUCGGUGUCRAAAGAAAUCGAUGGUGGRUCGUUGGGAGAUGACAUUUCUGGUGGACCAAGCAAUAACGUYAUAGAUGGAAAAUCUGGARACGAUAMYCUAAUUGGGGAAGACGGMGAUGACAUACUAUUUGGAGGUGAUGGAGAUGACGUCAUCAGAGGGGGAAACGGAAACGAUUACAUAUAUGGUGGAGAUGGAAAAGACGAUAUUGAUGGUGGAGCUGGAGGGGACGCCGUGGCUUUUAAGGGGGAUGGUUAURGGAAGGAAGGAGUCUACAUUGAUYUGUCAGCAGGAUUUGGUAAAGGUGCAGAUGCUGARGGAGACACCUACAAAGGUAUUGAACAUGUGUAUGGGACAAUCCACAACGACACCAUCAUUGGUUCCAACAGUAACAACAAUCUGUAUGGUCGUUAUGGAAACGAUASCAUUAUUGCAAAAGGUGGUCACGAUAAACUCGUUGGAGGAGAAGGAAGYGACCGGUACAUCUUAGAAAGUGCUUCUGGUGUCAAACUGAUUGACAACUACGCCAAAGGUAAAGAUAAAGACACUAUUUCAUUGUCGAACUUUGAUUCCAAAGAUGCUUGUGUCUUUUUGGUCGGCAAMGACUUGUAUGUGCAGUUAGAAAGGUCUUCACUAAAUGCAGUUCUCUCUCAGAGCUCUAAGUUGACCAUAAUUGUGCAGAAUUGGGCGAAAAAUCACCAUUACAGGCACUUGCAUAUAUUAUUCAAGGAUAGGUUCUGGAGAAGUCGCUCAUUGGCAGACGUAAGACACCAGUUUAAACAAUUGGWAUCUAUUGCAAAUCGUGUGGAAACUGACGUAAAGCUCGCUCUGACUACACAAGACCCAAAUAAGAAGACAGUUUUGUCAUGGAGCUCUAUUUCAUCGUCGCCUCUAGAUGAAAAAACCAAGAUCACCGUAUUCCAAGUCGAUGCAGAAAAUCCUACGAAUGUCAAAAGAAUGGAAAUUGUAGGRGACACUUACAAGAAAGGCCAGUUGGUUAUACCAUAUAUAAAGAAAGACAGGCAUUAUAUAUUCGGAAUAUUCUUGGACCAUUGCUCCGUUACAGUUGCUUCAUCCCAUUCAAUAACAUACUAUGGUAAACAAAAGGCUUGCCAAGCCAUAAAUGCCCCAAAUUCCCAAAUAACYUAUAAACCUUCUGGAUCGUACUCCCAUGGUGCAAAAGCCRAUGUGAUAUGUGCUCAGGGUUAUAAGUUUAAUMUAACUCAGAUAUCAACUUUCCAAGAAAAGUGUGUAGAUGGAAAAUGGCGACCAAAGCUCCCRGCAAUCUGUGUACCWAUGUCGACGUGCCCCAGCCUCAGUAGYCCAAGCGAUGGAAACUUGAMWGUGGCAAACACAGGAGAAGGUGGAGUUGCAAGUUAUGUUUGUCAUAAAGGGUUUGAGCUKAUUGGAUCCCAACAGMGAUACUGCGAAGACAGUGGAAAAUGGACAGGCGAUGACCCAAAAUGUCAAAGAGUAAACUGUCUUCAGUUACCGAGUGUAAAUCACGGACGCUUAAACAAGUGCCCAGACCAAAGUGAAAAGUAUGGAACAAUGGAACAAGCUAAGCAUGGGUUUUGUGUUAAACUGACUUGUUCUGAAAGUUACGUUGAAGAAUAUAAGGUCAGUGACUUUGCAAAGAAAUUUGGAGUCUUUAGAAAAAUUGCAGAAGAGAAUAUAAAAAAUCAAUGGUUCUGCAGCGCUGGAAAAUGGAAAGGUUUUGGGGAGCUUGCUUGUUUACCCGCAGCAAGGCUCCAUCAAGUCGUAGCCACUUGGCACGAAGUCAAGGGUACUUUUCAGGAAUGGGAUGAUUCCACCAACAAAUGGAAAAAUAGCUUAAGCCGUGACUCCAAGCUACAUAAACUAGCUUGCUCAAACGCAUUGGGCAUUGAUGAAUAUCAAGAGAAAGUAAUGGUUUUUCCACAGGGAAGCAGUCUGAAGAUAUCAUGUUCAUUGAUUCGUUUUGUCAAAAUAAUCACAAAAUUUGAGGGAAAACUCGAAGUUCUGAGACACCAAAAAUGGACACCAACGUGCAUAUUGCCGAAUAACAUUGGAAACAAGCAGGAGACGUACAAUCGUCAGCUGUAUAGUCAAAUGUGUGGAGACCUUGGAUUGGCUUUUAAAAACCCAGGAAUCGCCCAGAUCCCCAAUGGCCCAACAACYCAUGUGUUAGGUUGUGACUCAGGCACUACUGAUAUCAAUCGGUGUACMCAUGAGACCUACGCCUUUACAGACUGCACUAAUAUGCUACAAUGCAAAAGACGUUGCAAUAAUGCCUAUCCCGUACCCAACGCCAAAUCAAARUGUUUAGCAGGACAAUUUGAAGGAGAUAGUUGUAAGGUGGAGUGCUUGUUUGGAUUUAAACUGGUCGGUGCUGAUACGGUUUACUGUAAGGAAGGGGUAUGGUCGGAUAAACAGGGGAACCCAGCAACCUCGCGUUGCGAUGAAGACCUACCUGGAAUGAUAUUAAAAAUCAUUGAWAAUGUCUUCGGUUUAGGUUUUGGUACGUUGCUUAAAGAAGCGGCAAAGAAUGGCCGCGGCUAAAAUAAGAAGUAAGAAGACAAUGGAAUAGAUUAAAAAGGAAUUAGUACUGAUCAUUUCACGAGUGAAUGGAGUCGACACAAUCAAUCUAGUUGUAGUGAUGUAAUCAAUAUAA